AUGGUAGUCCCGACAGAAAAGCAGAUGGUCAAAGCGGCGGCAUCAAAGCUGGGCGGGCCCGAAGCCACGCUCGCCGACACGGAGCUCACACGGCUACUAGCGACGCUCGAACUGGAGAACGACUGGGCGGAUGUAUCUGCGAAGAAAUUCCGCAGCAUUUUGGUCAAGCACAACAUCAUCGCUGGCGAUACCGCUCCCACGGCUGGGAGCAGUAGCAACGGCACUGCUACCGCUUCGAAUGGUGCUGCGUCCUCGUCGUCAGCGAAGAAGAAGAAGAAGUCAAAGACGGACCAGGGCGUGCCCAAGUCGUUCAUCGACCCGUCCGUGUCGAUCCCUUCUGGCAUCCGUGGAGAGUACUUCGACGCUGUUAAGGGGAAAGGUCUCGUUGCAACGCGCAGCUUUGCGGAGGGGGAACUGCUGUUCACAGAGGAGGCCUACAUCCCCACGCCGCCGCCGGAGGCACUCGACCAGGUGGUCCGCGGCGAGCUGUGCGCCCAGUGCUUCCUGCCCAUCUCGUCGGCACCCGUUGCGCUCGCGAUCAAGGACUGCCACAAGUGCAAGUACCGCUUCUGCACCAGUAGCUGUCACCGCGCGGCGAUGGCGACGCAUCACACGCUGUUGUGUACCGGCCUGAACCCAGGGGCGAGCGAGGUGAUGGAGCUGGUGCGCGAGCACAAGUGGCAGAGUCUGCACUGUGUCGCGCGCUCGCUGGCGCGGUUGGUGUCGACGCUUGCGUACGGUACCAUGAAGCGACUAGGGGAGGAGGCCGAGUUGGAGCAGACCUACGGAGACUUCGAGACGGUCUAUGGCCGGCUGUCGUCGUUUGCGACCGUGUCGGAACUGGAGCGACGCUCACGCAAUCCGGGAUGGUCGACCGAGAAAGCAUCGUUUGAACCGCUGCUGUCGCGCGCCCACGCAGCGCUGCGCACCGCACUCGACCCCUACUCUCCCUCGCCACCCUCGUCCAUCACCCCGGCGCUCCUCGACCUGCACACACGCAAAUCUACGCUGAAAUCUCUCUUCGACGCGCCAACGUUUCUGAAACUCCUCGGCCGCGCCAACAUCAACAUGGAGAAGUUCGGCGGCCUGUACAGCCUGCACUCGUUCCUCAAUCACUCGUGCAACCCCAAUGUCCAGAUCCGCCACGUACCCGCACGCGGCAUCCUCGCAAGCAUGAAGAUCGCAGCCCUCGCCCUCCGCCCCAUCGCCCCCCACGACGAACUCGUCAUCAGCUACAUCGACCCCAACACCCGCCUCGGCAGAAGACAACUGCUGCUCUACAGAGAUUACUGCUUCGGCCCUUGCACUUGCGACAAGUGCAAGGCCGAGUUGGACGCCAUCGGCUUGGUCUUUGAUCCGUCCAAACAUGGCGUAAAGGGCUUUUUGGACAGUGUCGCCAAGAAGACGGCGACAGAUACAGACGCAGACAGCAAUGCCGCUCAACCAGCCGGAGCAGACGCUAGCCUCGAAGAGGAACUUCGCGCAUCUCUCGGGUUCUAA